GAGGGGCGUAGCGCGGCGCUGGGCUGUGGGCGGUGGAGCUGGUGUGCUGCAGAGCGGUGGGCGCUUCCCGAGGGCCUCGCGAGGUCGGCCUGGAGCCCUGAGGGCGUGAAAAGGCCGUUCCUUGCCUUGGCCACGCUCUUCCUUCUCCUGCCCAGACCCAGACGAGCCCCUGCACCAUGUCGGCCUACCCCAAAAGCUACAACCCAUUCGACGACGAUGCGGAGGAUGAGGGUGUCCGGCCAACGCCGUGGAAGGACGACCGCGACCUCCCCGAUGGACCCGGCGCGCCCAUGGACAGGCAGCAGUACCUGCGGCAGGAGGUGAUGCGCAGGGCCCAGGCCGCGGUCGCCAGCACCGACAGGUCCCUGUCCCUCGUAUACGAGUCCGAGAGGGUCGGCGUCGCCUCUGCCGAGGAACUCGAUCGUCAGCGAGGCGUCUUAGAACGCACAGAGAGGAUGGUGGACAAGAUGGAUCAGGAUUUGAAGACCAGCCAGAAGCACAUUAACAGCAUUAAGAGCAUGUUUGGGGGAUUCGUCAAUUACUUCAAAUCGAAACCAGCAGAGACUCCACCCGAACAGAAUGGCCCCCUCACCUCCCAGGCCAAUAGUAGAUUGAAAGAAGCCAUAAGUACCAGUAAAGCACAGGAGGCCCAGUACCAGGCCAGCCACCCAAACCUCAGGAAGCUGAAUGACUCAGAUGCCAUCACUGGAGGAGUGGGUCCUGCCGUGAGCAGCGAGGCUUACCCGAAGAACCCACACCUUCGAGCCUGUCACCAGAAGAUGGACAAUAAUCUAGAUGAGCUAUCCAUGGGACUAGGCCGGCUGAAGGACAUAGCCCUGGGAAUGCAGUUGGAAAUCGAGGAGCAAGAUGACAUUCUUGACCGCCUCACAACCAAAGUGGACAAGUUAGAUGUCAAUAUAAAAAGCACAGAAAGAAAAGUUAGGCAACUUUAAACACAGAGAAGGCUCUCUCCACUCCGUUGUGAUGAGAAGAGCCCAAAGAUCUUCUUUCAAACUCCCCAAAAGUUCAUUUAUAUUGUUUUAGUGUGUAACAUAAUACGUGUUUCCAAAUGUUAUAAUUAUAGAGCGGGUCCUAGGAGAUGUCAUUACAAGAAGUGUGUGUCCCACGUUUUUUUAGAGCCAUCACCUCUCCGUUCUCUGAACUGAAUGAUUAGAGCUUUAGUCUGAGCACAGUAGCCUGGCCCUGAGUAUCUUGGGCCUUUGAGGAGCGUUCCGGCAUGAGAGGAACAGUUGUGUUUCUCACUUUCACAAGCAUGUGGAAGGAUGUGGGCAGAAUUUCAAUCCUGGGACCACCAUUCUCUAUGCUUAUGAGAGGUGGUCCUUCCCACACCUUGGCCUGCCAGUCACCACCACCCCAAAACACACCCACACACACACACAGAGCACAUUUGCGAUUCUCUCAAACCCCAGAAAAAGAUCAGUGUUAGGUUCACACUGUGAUUCUCUCAACACCAUGGAAAAGGAUCAGUGUUCAGAAAUGGAAAAUGUCAGCAUUUGCUCUUCGGUUGAUAGAUGUCACCUCCCCGCUUUUGACCACCAUCAUUGGCAUAGUAGGAGGCAUUCAGAUCAGGACCGCUCAUUGUGAUAACUGGAAACGCGCAGGGAAUUGUGUAAGCCCUACUUCCCCAGGCAUUCACACCUCUAAGUAGCUGUUCAAGGUUAGGGCUUGAUGUGCCAGUGUCUCAAGGCUGCCCAGCUGGCCUGUUGGGGGGGGCCCCUCUACAGUUUGUGGGAAUGAAGCAUCAUACAGAGAGUACCCCCACUGUGUGCUCCCCCCGCCCCCUUGGAGAGCACCUUGACCCAGCCUUGGGGAUGGCAGUGUUUGUUCGAUAUCUGGGGUCUCCUGACCAGUCUGGAUUCCCACCCAUUCUUCUCGACCUCUUCCGAGAUGACUUGACUCAUCUCUUGGUUCUCUGCCACCCCAGUUGGACGACUGGAACACCACAAAUGAUGCUGAAUAUCUAGAACAACUUGGCUUUAAAAAAAAAAAAAGCCCAGACAUUAUCAUUUUAACUGGCCCAGCUUGUUCUGCACAAAGACAUUCAUCUCGUUACAGAAAUCAAUUUUAAUGAAUGCUUUUAAGUGAUUCUUUGUUAAGUGGGAUGCAUUAAAAGUGAUUUCUGAAAUGAGAUUAACAUCUGUGUGUUGGUACCUCCAGCAGAAUAAUUGAAGCCACAAGACCUUUGUCUUUGUAAAAAGCAAAUUAAUUACAAUAUUGUGAAGACAGUGAAAGGAGCUGAUUUUAAUAAGAUAGGUUAGGUCAGAAAAUGCAAAACAACAGCGUGUUUCCACCUUGACAACAUGGUGCUGUUAAUGUGACCUUCACCACUUUGGUUCUGUAGCCUGUAAACAAAGUCUCUUAAAGGUAGUCUCUGAAAUGCUGCACCCAUGCAUCAGUAUUUAUGUACCAAUUUAUUUGUAGAAGUUCUAUUCCGUGAUGUGUGCCAGUCCUCAAAAUUGACAGCUUCCUUCCGCAAGUACAGCUUUCUGUGAGUCUGGUGACCAUCAUUAUGAAUAUUCCAGUUACGUGAGAACACAGAGGUAGUCAGAUUAGGCGUUUAUCAGAUAAGCUCAUCGUGAUUAUUCUAUUAGCGGGUAAAAGGAAAACUUCUAAACCUGUACGUAGCCCAAACAAAACAAGUUUGGAGGGCUUUCAGCAAAAAGGCUGCUGACAAGCAUGAAGCCGGAGAGCAGCCCAUGUGUACAUUUCCACUCCUCAUUGUUUCUGAUCUUUUCCUAACACCUUCCAAGUAUGUCAUGAUAGCUGUUUUUGCCUGUCAUCAUCAGGCAGAGACUCAUGUAGAUUAGUCAUCAUACCUCAGAUGUAAGCUUAUUUUUUUCAAACCAAUUAUACAUGCAAAGGCCACUGCCAGACGUUCUCUUCCACAACCUGCUGUUUGCCUAACGAGAGUAGUGAUUUCACUGACUUGAAGCGCGGGAAUCAUACCCCUUCCCUGUCUUUUCUUAGAUCACUGAACCCAGUUGCCCCUCCUUUUCCUUUUUCCCCCAAGCAUAUAGAAGGAAAGCACAGCCACUUUUCUAGAAAUGCGUCUUUUGACACUUGACACAUAGGCAUUAUUCACUCUUGUUUAGACCCUCUUUCCCAAAGGCCCUGACAGAGGAGCUGUCUCCAAGCUACACAUUAGCCAGCCGCUUCUUUCUGCUGGGUCUUCCCCCUCCUCUCCCAUGCCCAUGAAGGACCAAUUAUUGAUUCUACUUGAUAGAGCAAAGUUGUUUGCAUUUUCAGAGAGCAGAGGGAAGCCUGGAGCCUCCAGAAUCCUUACACAUGAUGAUUACGUUCAAAAUGAAAACAUUCUGUCCUCUAGACUAGACACAUCUGUCUCAUAGAGACACUCAGAGGUGCCCAGGCCUGAGCUGGCUGGGGCUGGGCUUUGAGAGCACGGACAAGACCAGUGAAUUCACCCUUCUGUCAGAUAGGGUCUAUAAGACAGAUUUUUAUUUUCACAAUCCAGCUGGAAACAUAAACUGUGCCUUCAAAAAAGUGGCUUUUCUAACUCUAAGUUGGUUAUAUGUGAAGUGUGCUAUUAACUUAAACAUAAGUGCAUUCUCCUUCAGAGGAAACUGUUUCUACCGUCUAGUGAUCUAUAUAACUUAACACCAGUGGAGCUGCCUUGUCUUUUUUGCAUUCUGUAGGAAAGGAGACAUGAGUUUAACUCGGGCAGCAAGAAAACAAUUCAUAAGUGCAUUUUAACUUCUCUUUUUCUAACUUCUGUUUGUGAAUGUCAUUUUAAGGGUACACUACAUUGAUUUAGUAAAAAAAAAAAAAAAUUCUUACACUUUGCCUAUAUAUAGGCCUUUUCUCAGAAUUUGUAAAUUACCACUGUUAGCAUCUUCGGGUCUGAUAAUGAAAUGUCUUGUGUACACAAUGAUGAGCCAGUCAUUAAAAGUGCUGGGGGCAGGGGUGGAGGGGAGGCGUUUUUGUUCAGGCUGUAUUGGAACAGCUCUUAAGUUCCAUGCCUUCAACUCAACAAGUGACCCUAUUCUGUAAAAUAAAAUGUGAAGUUUUUUUUAAAUCAGA